AUGGAAAAAGAAAAUUAUCGAGUUAACAAAGCGUACUGCAGUCCGAUAAAGAAUCAGAACGAGCCUGUAGAACCAAAAGAAUCAAAAGAUGAAAGAAGGAUGCAUGAGGAAAAACAUUUUCGAAUUAAAAUGACUGAUGAAGAAAAGAAAAGAAAUGAGAAAAAAGAUGACGAAGGAAUAUAUUCACCGCAGUUAAAUACAAUGUUUGGACUCUGUGCUAUUUGUCAUCUUGCUGUUGGAAACAUAAACUCUGCUUUUAAUCAAAAUGUUCCUUGUUGCGAAGAGCAUAUUUUGUGUCAACGUUGUAUUGAACAAUUCUCUAUUCCAUCAGAUCCAGGUUGUAUUCUCUGUCAUGAGCAAUUUCAACAGUCAAAUUUAAGUAUACCUCAAGAAAGCAAUACCAGUUUAAAUUCCAUAUAUAUUCAUCCAAGAAGAAUGCAUAUUCCACGGCAACAGCCAGAGUACUAUGUCAAGCAUCAUCAAUCAGAGCAGUCGAAUGUGAAGAAUUGGAAACAAAAUUAUUCAACAGCUGUAACGAAUACAGAAAGGAACAUGUGGGGGUAUUACAAUGCAGAUGACUCUGAAGAAAGCACUGAUUAUGAGCGAAUUAAAGAUCAGAACAAUAUUCAUGAAGAAAGAGGAAAAGAUGACAGUAAACAGAGGCAACAAUAUAGUUGCUGUAAUCUAUAUAAAAGAGGAAAUACAGAUUUAUAUAUGACAGAAGCUAGAGUCAAUGGACAAAUUACUGCAGAAUGUUCUCGCAGACCGAUCCGAUGUCCACGUAUCGACUGCGCCAUAAAUGUAGCUUUCUCAGCGUUAACGCAUCAUUUUAUUUUUGAUCAUCCAGAAGUACCGAUUUUGAAUGUGGAACCAGGCAUCAAAAGUACACUCAUCGUCAGUUUUAAUGCUUUAUCUUUGGAUUCUAGUAGAUGUCUUGCCCUUCUUUUAGUUUCUGGUAAACUUUCAGAUCCUGUUGCAAGACUAUUUAACGGUAGUCAAAUUAAUCCGAAGUUUCGGAAUCGUUUACCAUUACCAGUACUAGCUGCUCGAUUACAAUGUAACAAAAUUAAUAACAAAAAAGAUUACCACAAGAAAAACAUAAUUAUUGCCUGGGUUGCUGGAAUAGAUAUUGGAAACACUGCAGACAAACUUUUGUGUAGUAUUCAGGCUGUGGAUAAGUUUGAUAGUGAAGGUUUACGUUCCUUGACAUACACAGGUCCAGUGAAUUCAUUAAGAACAGCCCAAUGUCCACAAGAUAUUUUUUCAACAGGUGAUUGUAUAGUCCUGCACGAAGGUCUCCUUAGUCACAUUACAUCUGAUUGUGCUACGCUCAAUGUUAAUGUUACUGUACAUUAA